AACGUAACCUCAGCCUCCCAUUUCAUUAUUUGUGCAUAAAUUACUCUGCCUUUUCCUUUCACUGUCCACCAAUUGUUCUCUAUAUUGCCCCCCCCACACACACACACAACAAGAACAACAACAAGAGGAAAAAGAGAGAGAGAAUUGUGUGAUUGCAUUUGCAGAAGAGAGGAUAAUAAUUGAGGUGAGGUGAAGAAUUUGGUGGAGUGAGGGGAGGCCCUACCACCCUUCACCUUCAUUAUCCUCUUCACCAGAGUCUCUUUUUAAUCCUCUUCUUCUGUAACUGUCUAUCCAUCAAUCUUACCCACCAUCUCACAGAUUGUCCUUUGCCUUCGUUCCAUUGUUUUUGUGGAUCUUGAGGCUGCUCUGUGGGCCUCUUUCUGCAUAACUCCCAACUAGCUAGAUCUAUUUUAUUCUAGCUGCACGCCAAUUAUAUUCCCAGAAGAUUUAUUCACAUACCAAUAAGAUUUAGAGAUUCUGCAGAUAUACAUAUAAUAUAUUUAUACGUAUAUAUAUAUACAUACAUAUUUGGUUCUUGUUGCAUAGACUCAUCUUCCAUCUUUUUUUCAUUUUCAAUUCCAUUUCUAGGCGUUAUAAACUGCUAUCAGAUCUUGGUGCCCCCACCUCCAUUUUUCUUGCUGUGUUGAUGUUCCCAUCUUCUGAGGACUACUGUAUACAGAUUCUUCAUUGAAUGACAGCUGUUUAGGUUGACUACACGGUUGUGUUGUUGUGUUGUUCUCUCUCUUUAUUGAAAGCCAAUAAGAGAGAGUUAUAAUAUUCAACUACUGUGGGUUUAUUUCCAUGGUUCAUUCGUGUGGUUGUCUACCUAAUUUAUUCUGAUCUAACUUCGGCCUAGGAGGCCCACCAUUGGGUUUUGGUGGGCUUUAAUUGAACCAAUAAAACCCCCAUCUUUAAAAGGUGUUUUCUUUUGAAGGUUCCAAUUUGCUUCUUGUGUUUCUUUCCAACAGGGAAGGGAGGGUGUGCCAUUAAUCUGUGUCAAGUAGUGAGGUUAUUUUGGUUUUCCUCUUGAUACCCCAUUGUUGUUGCACAAUUGGCAUUAAGGUUGUGUUAUCCUAUAUGCCAAACUCAAACUUCACCUGUGAACCGUGCUAAUGCUACUAUACUUUAUCACCUGCAUCUCCUUCUUUCUGUUUCUAAAGCCUAUCGUCUCUCUCAAACCACUCCCAUCAUGGGCUGGUGAGGUCAGGUUGAUCUCCCCUUUUUUUUACAAAGACUUGUUAGUGAAGUUCAUCUCUAAGCUCUUUAGGAACCAGUUUUGGAUUUCUUUUUCUUGUCCAAUUCCCACACCAAUGUCUCUAGUCAAGAAGACUCUUACUUCCAAGGUGGAGAGUGUUGAAGACUCCCAAAACAUGUCAGUGUUGGAUUUGCCAGACCUGGUGUUAGAAUGCAUUCUUGAAAAGCUCCCUCCAGCUCCACUUUGUCAAAUGGCUAGUGUUUGCCGCUCCUUGAGGGAGAGGUGUGUGAGUGAUCACCUCUGGGAGAGGCACAUGAAACAGAAAUGGGGUAGAGUUAUUGGUGAAGCUGCUUAUAGGGAGUGGAAAUGGCAUGUUGCUUCUAAAGGGAAUGCUGAAACUCUUAGAUAUGGCAGGCAGAGGAGCUUGAUGAGGCUUGUGUCCCUUCAUUGGCCUUUUUCAUGGAUGAGAACCAAGGUGGAUACAAAUAAUACUGGCAAAGAGUCAACUUAUUUGCCUCCUGAUUCACUCAUGAGAUGGUAUCUUGCUCUUGAGACUGGCGACUUCUGGUUUCCUGCUCAGGUCUAUAACCGUGAGAAUGGCCAUGUAGGAUUUAUGUUAUCUUGCUAUGAUGCUGAACUUAGCUAUGAUCCUCAAACUGACACCUUCCAAGCCAGGUAUCCACCACAUGGAAGAAGGGCUGUUGCAGUAGAGCAUGGCAUUCCAUGGGAAAGGCUAAGAGCACCACCUAUUGAUACUCCUCCACAUGAUCUUCAUGUCUCCGAUUGUCUGCAUGAUUUGCAUCCAGGCGAUCACGUAGAGAUUCAAUGGAGAAGGAACAAAGAAUUUCCUUAUGGUUGGUGGUAUGGUAUUGUAGGCCACUUGGAGUUAUGCAAUGGGAACGAAAGUUACUGCCGCUGUCAUAGUAGUGACAUGGUGGUGUUAGAGUUCAAUCAAUACACUUCUGACUCACGGUGGAGGAAGACAACUAUCAGUAGAAAAGAUCAUAGAGAAGAAGGAAAUGAAGCAGAUGGGUUUUAUGGUGGAAUCAGAAAGCUUAAGACCGAGGCUGAGAUUUCUCUUUGGAAAAGCCUUUGGCCUUCUGAAACCUUGGAUUGAUCUGAUUAAUCUUCCACAUAGCAUUAUGGCAAGACUAGCAUUCUUAUGGAGCAUUGGCAGAGCAGGUUCUUCUGAAUUAGAGAAAAUGGGAUAUAGGAUUCUCAUUCAGCCAAAUGAGUGUUUGAGACUAUCCUAUAUUCACUUCCCCUUUUUAUUGAUACAUUUUUUUCAUGGUCAACUUUAGCCUGUGAUUUCAAUCAAUGUAAAUUACUCAUUUAUGCACUGCUGCUGUAGAAUAUUCAUUCCACAACAUAUAGAAGAUUAAAUUAAAACCUA